AUGCCUGUCGAUAUAAUCAGUUUGCUUUCGAGCCCGUCCUUUGGGCCUUCUCUUGACCGAGUGGAACCCUCACCAUCCCAUCCUCCAAUACCAGCAACAAUCAAUGUUGACACGAGGGUGUCGGCCUUUGACAACGACGAUGUCUUCGACUUGACAGCUGAUUCGCCCGAGGCAGCUCCGCGACCGCCAUCACUAUUCGAGGAAGCCAAUACUAUAUGCUCCCCUGUGACAGGAUCCGGAGCGAAACGACCUCGAGAAGAACAAGCCCCCAUAGACACGCUCGUCUACUUCAAUUCGGACGACUUCGAUACAACUAUCGAUCUCGAAAGCAGCCUACCGAUAGCAAAUAGCGCAUUUGAUGAACCCCGAGAUACAAAGAGACCAAGAUUGUCACCCCUGCGGCGAAGCAGAAGUAGCAGUCCUUCCGACCGUUCACUUUCUGUCGCGGACCAGCUGGGGCGUCCGCCAGUCAAGCCAUCAGGGGGACCACGUCGGAUUCGUGCCAUAGUAGACCCAAUCGAAUUUUCCAGCUCACCGGGAAUUGCCUCCAGGCCGGUGCUAGCUUCCACAACGGCCAACGAAAGGCUAGAAUCCGACGACCCAUCCACUGCGCUGCCACCCUCCGCCCAACCUGUACUCAGCAGGCAAAGUCCCGAAAGACCUACAGUCGCCUCUGGCACCCGUGUGCAAUAUGAUUUGACCUCCGACCCCUUUGCAAUCUCGCCUCACCCCCCAUUGAAACCAGCGGUGGAACCAUGUACGAUAAUUUUGGACGAUGACGAUGAUGACCCGUUCGCCAGUUCACCACAGCGAGCACCAGUGCAGACCAUGAAGCCUGCAGAAUGCAACAAAACGGGCGCGACGCGGGAGAAGGGAAAGCAGAAAGCCGCUUCGCCAAGACGGAAAGCCAAUUGGGACCCGAUAUCCAGCUCCGCGCCCGAACCCAGAACGAGGACCGACCCGUUCGACAGCUCUUCGCCGCCGCCGCCACGAAAGUCUCUCGCGAAGGCUGUCAGUGCAGUCAUCGACCUCAGCAACACUGAGAAUGCACCUCCUAAUCUCCAUACUGAUUCCGAUGAGGAGUUCCCGGACCUUGAAAACUUCGACCUUGUGAAGCUCAAAGCCCGAUUAGACACCAGGACCACAGCCCCCCGAACCGCCUCCAAGGCGUCGUCGAAAACCACUACCAAGUCGACAUCUGCCAGGAUCGCAACCAAGACAUCGACCGAAGAUAAGGCGAGGCAAAGAGAGGCCAAAGCAGCGGAGCGCGAACAGGAAAAGGAACGGAAGAAACAAGAGAAGGAGGUGGCCAAGGAGCAGAAGGCCAGAGAGAAGGAGCGUGCUGCUGCUUUGGCAGAGGUUAACAAAAUCAGGACCGACAAGAAAGUAUCGACGCCGGAGAUGAUUGCGGAUCUCCCAGCGAGCUUAUCUGCCGCCGUUACGCUGCAGAUACAAACAUUGCUGAAAGACCUCGAUGUGCAACACACCACAUGGGACAGUCCGGUGGACAACGUUGUGAAGUGGAGAAGAAAGGUCGCCAGUAAAUUCAACGACGAGCUGGGCCACUGGGAACCUAUUCCCAUGCGCGUUGAGCCCGAAAAGUUCGCUCUCGUCAUCGUUACCGCAAACGAUUUCGUGACAUGUGCUCUUGGACCCGAAGGAAACGAUCUAGAGGCCCACGCACUGAAGAUGAAGCGACACUUCCCGCAGGAGCAGCUCAUCUACCUCAUCGAAGGUCUCAACCCGUGGAUGAGGAAGAAUCGCAACGUCCGCAACCGCCAGUUCGCCUCUGCAGUACGGAGUCAUGGGGACGAUGCCCCGGAUGAUGCCUCCACGAGUCGUCAGCCGCGGCGGCGUAAGAAUCAGCAACCGCAGGAGUACGUUGACGAGGACUCGAUCGAGGACGCUCUGCUCCAAUUACAGGUGAUGCAUGGCGCUCUGAUCCAUCAUACGAAUGCCGCCGUCGAGACAGCGCAGUGGAUCGCCAUCUUCACCCAACACAUCUCGACGGUGCCGUACCGAAAGCAGCGCGAGGCGACCAACGCGGCUGGCGCCGGCUUCUGCAUGGAGACGGGCCAGGUCCGCACCGGCGAAGACGUCAAGGACACCUACGUCCGGAUGUUGCAGGAGAUUGUGCGUGUCACGCAGCCCGUCGCCUACGGCAUCGUGUCCGAGUUUGGGACAGUGCCGGAGCUGGUGAAGGCGUUGGAGGAGCGAGGGCCGUUGUGUCUGGAGAACUGCAGGAAGAGCACAAACAAGGACGGCGGGUUCUCGGAUCGGGCGGUCGGCAAGGCCAUUAGUAAGAGGGUUUACAAGGUAUUUACUGGACGUGAUGAAUGGAGUACGGACGUGUAG